AUGGUAAUAGUUUUAAUUAGUGGUGUUAAUGCUAAUCCAGUAAAAAAUUAUUCUAAUCAUUUAUCCAAACAAAGACUUGCAUCUUUAUUGAAAGCAAAACGACAUGUAGUAUUCGAUGAUAAACUAGAAGCAGCGGAACAUAAAGCACCAAAACGUAGAGUAUAUUUUCAUGAUGAAGAUCAAAGAGAUGAAAAUGAUUAUCUACGAAGAGUUGUUCGUGAUAAGAUCAUUGGUUUAGGUGAUGAUCCAGUUUAG